AUGACACAUAAAAGUAAUGGAAAUUUCUUGGGUCUAGUUGAGAUGUUGGAAGAGUUUGAUCCGGUUAUCAAAGAGCAUGUUCGGCGGAUCACUAGUGACGAUAUUCAUGUGCAUUAUCUUGGACACAAGAUCCAAAAUGAGAUAAUACUUAUGCUUGCUGAUGAAAUUAAAAAAGAACUUAUUAAGAACAUAAAAGAAGCAAAGUACUACUCAAUCAUACUGGAUUGUACCCCCGAUUCUAGUCACAAAGAACAGAUGACUAUAAUAGUGAGGUAUGUAAAGUUCUCAUCUAAUUCUGUUAUUGUUGAGGAGUCAUUUUUGGGCUUUUUAAAUGCUAAUGAUACCACUGGGAAGGGACUAUUUGAUGCAACUUAUGCGGAGUUACAAAAUCUUGGUCUUGAAAUUGAUGACAUGCGUGGCCAAGGAUAUGACAAUGGGGCAAAUAUGAAAGGUUCACAUCAAAGAGUCCAAACGAGAUUUUUAAAAGAAAAUCCAAGAGCAUUUACAGUAGAAGAAAAUUUCAGAGUAAACUUUUUCUUAUAUAUUGUGGAUCAAGCUAUUGCUUCUUUAGAGAAAAGAUUUGAACAAUUUAAAUGGUUUAAAGAAAAAUCGGAUAUUGAUGGCGAGGCACUUUAUACAGAGCUUAAUUUAUUUCGUGACUCACUAACCAAUAAAUUUAGCAGUCCUGUAGAUGUUUUGGAGUAUAUGAAAGAAGACGGUUAUUCCCCAGAAGCAUGCAUUGCAUAUAGAAUAUUGUUGACUAUUCCAGUCACUGUGGCAUCUGCAGAAAGAAGUUUUUCGAAGUUGAAGUUAUUGAAAUCUUACCUACGAUCUUCAAUGUCCCAAGAAAGACUUAGUGGGUUGGCGAUAAUUGCUAUCGAGAACGAAGUCUUAGAUGAUAUAAACUGUGAAGAGUUGAUUCACCAAUUUGCUAUCAAGAAUGCAAGGAGAGCUUCACGAAUCAUUGGUCUUAGCAAACGCAAAACUGAUGAAGGACUUCGAGAAUUGCAAAGUUUAGUGAAGUGGUUCAUGUUUUUGGAUGGUUGGGUUAAAUUUGUAGAUUAUGCGAGGUCAAGAGACUCUCCUCCACCAUUACCUCAUUCCUACAGGAACAAAAAAAGAAAUGAAGAUAGCAUUUUUGUAGCUUUAAGAAAGGUGGAAAUGGUGUUUAGGGUUUCAAUGAACUGUAGCAGUUUUUCAAUCACCAGCAACCUUGUGUCUCUUGCCAGUGACCAGUUCCCUGUUCCGAUUGAUGAUAUGGAAAGCCUCGUGUGGUUGUCUAAAGCAUGUCAUGGCCCACUUUUGAGCUGA